UCAUCUUUAGAUUGGAGUGUACAAUUUUCUUUUCUCAUUCACUGGCCAAACGAUUUCUCACGUUACAUAAAAUUUAAAUUAAAACUUUCACACGGAUUUCCGCACUAGUUUUCGGCCUUUUCAGUUGGAUUUGGACGCCAUCAGUGGGUCGCACCAGGAUCUAGAUUGAGAUUGAGUGAGCAGGAUGUGCAAGUAUCUGAAAAUUGCAUACGCACCAUACGCCUGAGCGCCAAGUAGUCGAAAUCGAAAUCAAUCAAUCAUCCACGCAAAAUCUGAGACAAAAUUCAGCUUUAUUUCUAGAUUGUGGUUGUUCCGUAGUGUAAUUCCAAUUUGUGACCCAUUGCGGAGGAGCUGGAACUCACUCGGCACUCCGAUUGCAGCAUCAUUUGUAUCGCAGGCAUUACUCAGGCAUAGGCAAAAUCGAUAAGCCUCAGGUCGAGCGCCUGUCUGCUUGACACCACCGCGGCCGCCGCCAUCUGUCUCCACCCACCAACCAUCCCUCCACUCCACUCCACUCCACUCCACCGCAGUCCACUCCACAACCACCAUCAGUGCUCUGUGUAAGCUCGUAGCCCAUCGCCAGCAUCCACCAUGUCAUUCAUAGCCAAAUUGAAAGCCACGCCAUUGCCACCGCUGAAGAAUAUACUGAAUGUGGCCGUGCAAACGGCUCGACAGCAAAUUCCAGUGCGCAAGGAGUACGAGCAGCCGCCAGGCAGCAGCCAACAGAGGCCCCACCAGCCACCGCACCAGAACUUUGCCAACGGCCAGGCUAUGGACACGGGCAUGGACGGUGGCGACCAGAACACGGAGAUGAGCUCGAAUCCGUUCCGGAAUACGGGCACCUGGUCGAAUGAGGGUGAUGGCGAGGGCGAGGGCGACUACAAGAACGAGUACCAGAGCACAACCUUCAACGAGUACGAUGGAAGAUACCAGCAGACGGACGGCUUCAGGCAGGGCAGCAUCGCCUCAGAGGGCAGCUCGUUCGUCUGCGAGGGAGAAGGUGGCGGCGGCUGCAAGAUCGAUGAGUACCAGGCGGCAUGGAACGUGACCAAUGCCAUCCAGGGCAUGUUUAUUGUGUCGCUGCCCUUCGCCGUGCUCCACGGCGGCUACUGGGCCAUCAUUGCCAUGGUGGGCAUUGCACACAUCUGCUGCUACACGGGAAAGGUGCUGGUGCAGUGCCUCUACGAGCCGGACCCCACCACCGGUCAGAUGGUGCGAGUGCGCGACAGUUACGUGGCCAUUGCCAAGGUAUGUUUCGGGCCCAAACUGGGCGCCAGGGCCGUCAGCAUCGCCCAGCUGAUUGAGCUCCUGAUGACGUGCAUCCUCUAUGUGGUGGUCUGCGGUGACCUGCUGGCGGGCACCUAUCCAACGGGCUCAUUCGACUCGCGAUCUUGGAUGCUGUUUGUGGGCAUCUUCCUACUGCCGAUGGGCUUCCUCAAGUCCCUGAAAAUGGUCUCGACCCUGUCCUUUUGGUGCACCAUGUCCCACAUUGUGAUCAACGCGGUGAUCCUCGGCUACUGCCUGCUGCAAAUCGGCGACUGGGGCUGGUCCAAGGUGCGCUUCAGCAUCGACAUGGAGAACUUCCCCAUCUCGCUGGGCGUCAUUGUCUUCUCCUACACCUCUCAGAUUUUCCUGCCCACACUCGAGGGCAACAUGACGGACCGCUCCAAGUUCAACUGGAUGCUCGACUGGUCGCAUAUUGCGGCGGCUGUGUUCAAGGCAGGGUUUGGGUACAUCUGCUUUCUGACCUUCCAGAACGAUACGCAGCAGGUGAUUACCAACAACCUGCACUCGCAGGGCUUCAAGGGCAUGGUGAACUUCUUCCUGGUCAUCAAGGCCAUCCUCAGCUACCCCUUGCCCUACUACGCCGCCUGCGAGCUGCUCGAGCGGAACUUCUUCCGCGGUCCGCCCAAGACCAAAUUCCCAACCAUCUGGAAUCUUGACGGAGAGUUAAAGGUCUGGGGCCUGGGCUUCCGUGUGGCCAUCAUUGUGUCAACCAUCCUGAUGGCCAUUUUUAUACCCCACUUCUCCAUACUGAUGGGCUUCAUCGGCAGCUUCACGGGCACCAUGCUCAGCUUCAUCUGGCCCUGCUAUUUCCACAUCAAGAUCAAGGGUCACCUGCUCGACCAGAAGGAACUAGCCAAAGACUACCUCAUCAUUGCCCUGGGCGUGCUCUUCGGCGUCAUAGGAAUCUAUGACUCGGGUAAUGCCAUGAUAAAUGCAUUCGAGAUCGGUCUUCCAUUUUAAGAUUUCCAAUUUAAGUCAUCCACCAAUCGAAGUAGAUCCGAAGCUAUUGGUCCCCUCGCGGGCAUGGCAUGUCUUCCAGGUGCUUCCAAGCAUCAUCUGGCUGUGCCCAAAGGGGUUCCAAAAUGCUCGAUCUGUUCAUCA